CGAACCAGGGAGGAGCGAGCUCGCACAGGCAGCCAGAGUUGUAAACGUGUGUUUGGCUGAAACGCUGUCGCUGCUGCUUUUAUGAGAUGAAUAAUUAAUAUCGCAAAGCUUAUUGUUCAGAGUGGCAAUUUUCGGGUCCUUUUGGACGGGCAUCUAGAGCUGUUGGAGACGCAAACAUCUCAUCUAGCAAUUUCUUCGGCAGCGCGUUGUGCCUUUUAUUGUUCGAAUCUGCCUGGGAGUGGCUUUAAGAUCCAGUAACCUGAUCUUUUAUCACUCUUGGAGGCUUCCUUUUCUGGUGUGCCCUGAUGCAUUCAACACAUGUCGGUAUUGUAGGCGAGCGGCAGCCGGAGCGAUCGGGGCUGGCUCUCCGUGCCGGCGAGGGAAGGAGAAUCACCCUGGGCUGAGGGAGGGAGAGAGGGAGCCCCGCUGGAGCUGCCCGCACCCAGCGCUGAGCCCUACCCCACCAGCGCCCUUCCAGAGCCAGGGGAAACCCGGACGAGAUCUUCUCUCGGGGCUAAAGACUGCCUGAGGACGGGAGAGGAGAACGCCUUCGCUUUGGGACUGAUGUGAGCGCAGCCGUGCCUCGCAGAGCGAUUCCCGGCGGAGCAGGGGCUGCCUGCCUUUCGAGCAGUUAUUCUGUGACUGCUCGCUCUGAGAGGCGUCAGCAGAUGGACUUUGGCUUCGGCGCCGCGAAUACUUGAGUGGCUUUGCAUGUUGGAAUACAAGCGGUGAUCUCUUUUAGUCCCCUUUCCCCCCUGUACAUUCACCUGCUGAAAAAAUGAGUGAGGAAGCAAAGGAGAAAAACACUAAACCAGCUCACAGGAAAAAGAAAGGAAAAAAGUCUGACACAAAUGCAAGUUACCUGAGAGCAGCUCGAGCUGGCAACUUGGAAAAGGCUCUUGACUACCUAAAAAAUGGAGUGGACAUCAACAUCUCAAAUCAGAAUGGGUUGAACGCUCUCCAUCUCGCCUCCAAAGAAGGGCACGUAGAGGUUGUCUCUGAGCUGAUCCAGCGAGGUGCCAGUGUGGAUGCAGCCACAAAGAAAGGAAACACAGCACUGCACAUAGCAUCCCUCGCCGGACAAGCAGAAGUUGUCAAAGUGCUGGUUACAAAUCGGGCCAAUGUCAAUGCACAGUCUCAGAAUGGCUUCACUCCAUUGUACAUGGCAGCCCAAGAAAACCACCUGGAGGUUGUUAAGUUUCUUCUUGACAAUGGUGCCAGUCAAAGUCUUGCCACAGAGGAUGGUUUCACACCUCUGGCAGUAGCUUUGCAGCAAGGCCAUGACCAGGUGGUUUCCCUGCUGCUGGAGAAUGACACCAAGGGGAAGGUCCGCCUGCCCGCCCUGCACAUCGCGGCGCGCAAGGACGACACCAAGGCGGCGGCUCUGCUCCUGCAGAACGACCACAACGCCGACGUGGAGUCAAAGAUGAUGGUGAAUAGAACAACAGAGAGUGGGUUCACUCCCCUGCACAUAGCUGCUCACUAUGGGAAUAUCAAUGUAGCCACGUUGCUGUUGAAUCGGGGUGCUGCCGUGGACUUCACUGCGAGGAAUGAUAUCACACCGUUGCACGUUGCAUCAAAAAGAGGAAAUGCAAAUAUGGUCAAACUCCUACUGGAUCGAGGAGCUAAAAUUGAUGCCAAAACAAGGGAUGGGCUGACCCCCCUCCACUGUGGAGCAAGAAGUGGCCAUGAGCAAGUUGUAGAAAUGCUGCUGGAUCGUGGUGCCCCUAUUCUUUCCAAAACCAAGAAUGGUUUGUCUCCAUUGCACAUGGCAACACAAGGGGAUCAUCUAAACUGUGUUCAGCUCCUGAUCCAGCACAACGUGCCUGUGGACGAUGUCACCAAUGACUACCUGACUGCGCUGCAUGUCGCUGCCCACUGCGGCCACUACAAAGUCGCCAAGGUUCUCUUGGACAAGAAAGCCAAUCCUAAUGCCAAAGCACUGAAUGGUUUCACACCUCUUCACAUUGCCUGCAAGAAGAACAGAAUAAAAGUAAUGGAACUUCUUCUAAAGCACGGUGCAUCAAUUCAAGCUGUAACUGAGUCGGGCCUAACUCCAAUCCAUGUUGCUGCCUUCAUGGGACAUGUAAAUAUUGUAUCACAGCUAAUGCAUCAUGGAGCAUCCCCCAACACUACCAAUGUGAGAGGAGAGACAGCGCUGCACAUGGCAGCCAGGGCUGGCCAGACCGAGGUCGUCAGGUACCUGGUACAGAACGGAGCCCAGGUGGAGGCCAAAGCCAAGGAUGACCAAACCCCGCUGCACAUCUCUGCCCGCCUGGGCAAGGCAGACAUUGUGCAGCAGCUGCUGCAGCAGGGAGCAUCCCCCAACGCAGCCACCACAUCAGGCUACACCCCCCUGCACCUCUCUGCAAGGGAAGGGCACGAAGAUGUGGCUUCUGUUCUUCUGGACCAUGGGGCAUCUCUGUCUAUCAUCACCAAGAAAGGAUUCACUCCACUACAUGUGGCUGCAAAGUACGGGAAAAUCGAGGUAGCCAACCUCCUGCUUCAGAAGAAUGCAUCUCCUGAUGCUUCUGGAAAGAGCGGUUUAACACCACUGCAUGUAGCUGCACACUACGAUAAUCAAAAGGUGGCACUCCUCCUGUUGGACCAGGGAGCUUCACCUCACGCCUCUGCCAAGAACGGUUACACGCCCCUGCACAUCGCUGCCAAGAAGAACCAGAUGGACAUAGCCACCACGCUGCUGGAGUACGGCGCCGACGCCAACGCUGUGACGCGGCAGGGCAUCGCCCCGCUGCACCUCGCCUCGCAGGACGGGCACGUGGACAUGGUGUCCCUGCUGCUCGCCAGGAGCGCCAACGUCAGCCUCAGCAACAAGAGCGGACUGACGCCCCUCCACCUGGCUGCCCAAGAGGACAGGGUCAAUGUAGCGGAGGUUCUGGUUAACCAGGGAGCUGCUGUUGAUGCACAGACAAAGAUGGGAUACACUCCUUUGCACGUUGGCUGCCACUACGGAAACAUAAAAAUCGUCAACUUCCUCCUGCAGCAUUCUGCAAAAGUCAACGCCAAAACGAAGAACGGGUACACGCCGCUGCACCAGGCGGCGCAGCAGGGGCACACGCACAUCAUCAACGUCCUGCUCCAGCACGGCGCCGCGCCCAACGAGCUCACUGUGAAUGGAAACACUGCCCUGGCCAUUGCUAAGCGACUUGGCUACAUUUCAGUUGUUGACACGCUGAAGGUGGUGACAGAGGAGACCAUGACUACAAUUACUGUUACAGAAAAGCACAAAAUGAAUGUACCAGAAACCAUGAAUGAAGUUCUUGAUAUGUCUGAUGAUGAAGUGCGUAAAGCCAAUGCCCCUGAAAUACUCAGUGAUGCUGAAUAUUUGUCAGAUGUUGAAGAAGCAGGUGAGGAUGCAAUGACAGGCGACACAGACAAGUACCUCGGACCCCAGGAUCUGAAAGAGCUGGGAGAUGAUUCCCUGCCUGCUGAAGGAUACAUGGGCUUCAGCCUGGGAGCGCGCUCCGCCAGCCUCCGCUCCUUCAGUUCGGAUAGGUCCUACACGCUCAACAGGAGCUCCUAUGCCCGGGACAGCAUGAUGAUUGAGGAGCUGCUGGUGCCAGCCAAGGACCAGCACCUGACGUUUCAAAGGGAGUUUGAUUCUGAUUCUCUCAGGCACUACAGCUGGGCUGCAGACACCUUGGACAAUGUUAACCUUGUUUCCAGUCCCAUCCACUCUGGUUUCCUGGUGAGUUUCAUGGUGGAUGCCCGCGGGGGCUCCAUGAGGGGCAGCCGGCACCAUGGCAUGCGGAUCAUCAUCCCGCCGCGCAAGUGCACGGCGCCCACGCGCAUCACCUGCCGCCUGGUCAAGAGGCACAAGCUGGCCAGCCCGCCGCCCAUGGUCGAAGGAGAAGGAUUGGCAAGUCGGCUUGUAGAGAUGGGGCCAGCAGGGGCACAGUUCUUAGGCCCUGUGAUAGUGGAAAUCCCACAUUUUGGAUCAAUGCGAGGCAAGGAGCGAGAGCUGAUCGUCCUCCGGAGCGAGAACGGUGAAACGUGGAAGGAGCACCAGUAUGACAGCAAACAUGAAGACUUAACUGAAAUACUUAAUGGCAUGGAUGAAGAGCUGGACAGCGCGGAGGAGCUGGAGAAGAAGCGGAUCUGCAGGAUUGUCACCAAAGACUUCCCGCAGUACUUCGCCGUGGUUUCCCGCAUCAAGCAGGAGAGCAACCAGAUCGGGCCCGAGGGCGGCGUGCUGAGCAGCACCACGGUGCCUCGGGUGCAGGCCGCCUUCCCCGAGGGGGCUCUCACCAAGAGGAUCCGCGUGGGGCUCCAGGCUCAACCAGUUCCAGAAGAGAUUGUCAAAAAAAUCCUUGGAAACAAAGCAACAUUCAGUCCCAUUGUCACUGUGGAGCCAAGAAGAAGGAAAUUCCAUAAGCCAAUAACCAUGACAAUUCCUGUGCCACCUCCAUCAGGAGAAGGAGUGACCAACGGGUACAAAGGAGACACGACUCCCAGCCUUCGACUCCUAUGUAGCAUUACAGGAGGCACGUCGCCCGCGCAGUGGGAGGACAUCACGGGCACCACGCCGCUGACCUUCUCCAACGACUGCGUCUCCUUCACCACCAAUGUUUCUGCCAGAUUUUGGCUCGCAGACUGCCACCAAGUACUAGAGACUGUUGGGCUGGCAACACAGCUUUACAGAGAAUUAAUAUGUGUUCCUUACAUGGCAAAGUUUGUGAUAUUUGCCAAAAUGAAUGACCCCGUGGAAUCCAAUUUGCGCUGCUUCUGCAUGACUGACGACAAAGUGGACAAAACCCUGGAGCAACAAGAGAACUUUGAGGAAGUUGCCAGGAGCAAAGACAUUGAGGUUCUUGAAGGAAAACCUAUUUAUGUUGAUUGCUAUGGAAAUCUGGCCCCUUUGACUAAAGGAGGACAGCAGCUUGUUUUUAAUUUUUAUGCUUUCAAAGAAAAUAGACUGCCAUUCUCUAUCAAGGUAAGAGACACCAGCCAGGAGCCCUGUGGUCGAUUAUCAUUUUUGAAAGAACCAAAGACUACAAAAGGACUGCCACAAACAGCUGUUUGCAACUUGAAUAUCACUCUGCCAGCACACAAAAAGGAAACAGAGUCAGAUCAAGAUGAUGAGACGGAGAAGGCUGACCGGCGCCAGAACUUCGUCUCCCUUGCUUUACGUAAGCGCUACAGCUAUCUGACUGAGCCUGGAAUGAAAACAGUUGAACGGAGUGCAGGAGCAACAAGAUCCCUACCUGCUACUUACUCAUACAAGCCAUUCUUUUCAACACGGCCAUAUCAGUCAUGGACAACAGCUCCAAUUACAGUGCCUGGGCAAACCAAAUCAGGCUUCACUUCCUUAUCAAGCUCUUCCUCUAACACUCCUACAGCUUCCCCAUUAAAAUCAAUAUGGUCUGUUUCUUCUACUUCUCCAAUCAAAUCCACGUUAGGAGCUUCUACCACGUCUUCAGUUAAAUCUGUUAGUGAUGUAGCAUCUCCGAUUAGAUCGUUUCGGACAAUCUCUUCGCCAAUAAAAACUGUGGUCUCGCAGCCUCCCUACAACAUGCAGGUCACUUCAGGCUCUUUCAUCAGAGCUCCCGCAGUCACAGAAGCUGCCAGUCUCAAAGGGCUGGCCUCCACUACCACAUUCCCCUCUCGGACAUCUCCAGUGACUACAGCAGGAUCUCUCUUGGAGAGAUCAUCCAUAACCAUGACGCCUCCAGCAUCCCCCAAAUCCAACAUUAACAUGUACUCUUCGAGCUUGCCGCUUAAAUCGGUCAUCACAUCAGCAUCCUCACUUUUAUCGUCCCCUCUAAAGUCAGUGGUGUCACCUGCUAAGUCAGCAGUUGAUGCUGUUUCAUCCACUAAAGUCAUGAUGGCCUCGUCUCUCUCGUCGCCAGCAAAACAUGUAGCUGGGCACACAGAUGUACCAUUGCUCAAUGGGUCUGUGUCACCUCUGAAAUACCCAUCCUCUGCCAACUUAAUAAAUGGAUCCAAAGCUGCAGGUGUUUUUCAAGACAAGAUCUCUGCAGCUGCACAUUCUGCAACUUGUGCUGCUAACGCAGUUGCUGACACGGCUGAGAGAGUGUUUUCAACAGCUACAACAAUGUCAUUUUCUCCACUCAGGUCAUUUGUGUCUUCAGCACCAUCAGCUUUCCAGUCAAUGAGAACUCCUCCUGCAGGUGCUUUGUACACAGCCCUUGGGUCAAUAUCUGCAACUACCUCAUCAGUAACUUCAUCAACAAUAACAGUGCCAGUAUAUUCUGUAGUCAAUGUUUUGUCUGAACCAGCAUUAAAGAAGCUCCCAGAGUCGUCUUCGCUUACAAAAUCAGCCGCUGCAUUACUGUCACCUAUUAAAACAUUGACUACAGAGGCGCGCACGCAGCCUACCUUUACUCGAACUUCAUCUCCAAUAAAAUCAUCCUUGUUUUUAGCACCCUCUGCUCUCAAACUGUCCACACCAUCUUCCUUAUCCUCCAGUCAGGAGAUACUGAAAGAUGUUGCUGAAAUGAAAGAGGAUCUGAUAAGAAUGACUGCGAUAUUGCAGACAGAUGUCGCAGAGGACAAGCCGUUCCAACCUGACAUACCAAAAGAGGGUAGAAUUGAUGAUGAAGAGCCCUUUAAAAUUGUUGAGAAAGUAAAAGAGGACUUAGUAAAAGUUAGUGAGAUUCUGAAAAAGGAUGUGUGUUUAGAAAGUAAAGGGUCGGCUAAAGUACCCAAAAGUGAUCAAGGACACCUGUCUGAGGAUGACUGGGUAGAGUUCAGUACAGAGGAGAUUGAUGAAGCGAGACAGCAAGCUUUGACAAGCCCUCCUAUAUCUGUUCCAGAGAAGGUCCAAAUUAAAACUAAAACCAUGUCGGAAAAGGAUUAUAGCUUGUCAAAAGUUAUUGAUUACUUAGCGAAUGAUAUCGGUAGCAGUUCAUUAACAAACAUAAAGUACAAGUUUGAAGAGGGGAAAAAAGAAGGUGAAGAGAGACAAAAGCGCAUUUUAAAACCAGCCAUCGCUUUGCAGGAACAUAAACUUAAAAUGCCUCCAGCCUCCAUGAGGCCUUCAACAUCGGAAAAGGAGUUAUGUAAAAUUGCAGACUCCUUUUUUGGAACAGACACUAUUUUGGAGUCUCCAGAUGACUUUUCUCAACAUGAUCAAGAUAAAAGUCCCUUGUCUGACAGUGGCUUUGAAACGAGGAGCGAAAAGACACCUUCUGCCCCACAAAGUGCUGAAAGCACAGGGCCAAAACCACUUUUCCAUGAUGUGCCCAUCCCUCCUGUCAUUACAGAAACAAGAACUGAAGUAGUUCACGUCAUCCGCAGCUACGAACCAUCUUCGGAAGAUAUUCCAGAGCAGAAGGCAGAGGAGCUACCAGCUUCAAAACCUUCCCCUACAUUUAUGGAGCUGGAGCAAAAACCUUCUGGGUCCAUUAAAGAGAAGGUUAAAGCUUUUCAAAUGAAAGCCAGUGGCAGUGAAGAGGACGACCAUAAGUGCGUCCUUGGUAAAGGUGUCCGAGUAAAAGAAGAAACUCAUAUCACUACAACAACUAGGAUGGUUUAUCAUAAACCUCCGUGCACAGAAAGCACCUCUGAAAGAAUUGAGGAAACAAUGUCUGUUCAUGACAUAAUGAAAGCCUUUCAGUCUGGACGUGACCCUUCCAAAGAACUGGCAGGUCUGUUUGAACAUAAAUCAUCAGUAACGCCCGAUGUUAGCAAGUCUGCUGAAACUUCACCACAACAUGCAGAGAAGGACAGCAAAAUGAAACCCAAACUGGAGCGAAUAAUAGAGGUCCAUAUUGAACAAGGUAAUCAGGCUGAACCUACUGAAGUCAUUAUUAGAGAAACAAAAAAGCAUCCAGAAAAAGAAAUGUAUGUAUAUCAGAAAGACUUACCUCGGGGAGAUAUUAACUUAAAAGAGUUGGAAAAACAUGAUGCUUUUCCUUGUUCAGACGAACAAGGUCAGCAAGAAGAAGAGGAGCUCACGGCCGAAGAGUCACUUCCUUCUUAUCUGGAAUCCUCUAGAGUUAACACUCCCGUGUCCCAGGAAGAAGACAGUCGCCCUAGUUCUGCUCAACUCAUGUCUGAUGACUCUUACAAAACACUGAAGCUUUUGAGUCAGCACUCAGUAGAAUACCAUGAUGAUGAGUUGUCAGAACUAAGAGGGGAGUCUUACAGGUUUGCUGAGAAAAUGCUUCUUUCAGAAAAGCUAGAUGUGUCUCAUUCUGAUACUGAGGAGUCAGUUACUGACCAUGCUCUACCCCUUAGUGUAGAGUUACAGGGGACUGAUAAACGAUGCAGAGAAAAAGUAGCUACUGCCCCCAAAAAAGAGAUUAUCUCCAAAAUCUAUAAAGAUGUAUCUGAAAAUGGUGUAGGUAAAAUGUCUAAGGAGGAUCAUUAUGAUAAAGUGACAGUGUUACACUACACUGGAGAUGUUAGUAGUCACAAACAUGCAAUGUGGAUGCGCUUUACUGAGGACAGAUUAGACAGAGGUAGAGAAAAGUUGAUAUAUGAAGACAGGGUGGACAGGACUGUUAAAGAGGCAGAAGAAAAACUGACUGAAGUAUCCCAGUUUUUUCGGGAUAAAACAGAGAAGUUGAAUGAUGAGCUACAGUCUCCAGAGAAAAAGCAGCAUAAAAAAAAUGGCAAGGAAAUACAUUCUAGCCAGAGCUCUGCCAGCAGCAGCCCCGAGAAGGUUCUGCUCUCUGAAUUGCCAUCAUCUGGGGAUGAUUGGAGUAAGGUGAAGCAGUAUGCACACGAUGGGAAGUGCUUUCCCAAGGUGGAUGAAAGGAAAGCAUCCAGUUUGCCCAGCAGUCCUGAAAAAAGGAUAUAUGUGCAACCUGCAGAGGACUCUAAACGAACUAUGGAACACAAAGGAAGCGCUCAGCAGACUGGAGUGCCUGAGACUGGAUUUCAGCUGAAGCAAUCAAAGCUCAGUUCCAUUAGGCUUAAAUUUGAGCAAGGUAUAAGUCCCAGAAGUAAGGACGUAACUCAAGAAGAGAAAAAGCUGGAUGGUCAGUCCAAAAUUCCAGUAAAAAAAUUGCAAGAAAGUAAGUUACCAGUGUAUCAGUCCUAUUCAAGAGAGAAGCACGCAAAGCAAAUAGAGGUCAUUGAUGGGAGCACAGCUUUACAGAAAGAGGUGAAAAUACAGGAAGACCUUGUUCCAGGUAAAGGGAAAGCUGUGGAAGACUCUCGUGCUUCAGACACACAAAGAACUGAGAUGAGGAAAGGCGUGGCAGAAUGCAUUUCAGAACCACGGGCAAAAGACCUGGUGUAUGGCUCAGACUCAACGGCGAAGGGACACUGGGACAAAAAAAUCUAUAGGACGUGGGAAAGUCCUGGAACUUCUAACCAUAAAACGCAGAAGGAAAAGCUUUCACAUGUGCUGGUUCCAGAUACAGUAAAAGAAAACCAUGUUGAUCAUGCUGAAUCUAAAACUGACCAAAAAAGUGAAUUUAUCACUGUGACAGAGCACAAAGUGGCCUCAAAUGGAAUCCAUUCGGAAGAAGUGAAGGAACUGACUGUAAAAUCCCCCUCAAAAAGGGUUUUAUACAGAGAAUUUGUUGUCAGGGAGGGGGAACGUAAUGGUGAAGUGGCUGAUAAAGUAUCCAAAAGGAAAGAAGAAAUUGCUGUGUCCCAUAUCCCAGUCAGAAUUGUUGAGGAGAAGAGAGCCAUGCUUGAUGGUGUCUAUGAACUUUCAGCUAAAGUAUCCCAAUCAGCUGUGAUUCAGGAGAAAGUUGAAAGGCAGAUUGAUUAUGUGGAAGAUGAAAAAGUAAAGCAUUCAGAAAUCAGAAAGGUUACCAAGCAGCAGAGCUCAAUAGGUCUAAGUCCUCCUGCUGAGGAAACAGAGCUAUCCCCUAGCAAAUCACCAGAUUCUUUAGAAUGUAGCCCAGGAAAGGAAUUUCCUUCAAGUGACAUAGCUGACCCCGGUGCCAGUGAUUACUUGAAUAAAGUUGCACCGCUAGUGAGCACUGAGGGAGUAAAAGAAAUUAAGACUUUACCUGUUUAUGUCAGUUUUGUUCAAGUAGGAAAGCAAUAUGAGAAAGAGGUGCAACAAGGUAGUAUUAAAAAAAUUGUCAGUCAGGAAAGUAAGACAGUACAAGAGACGAGGGGGACAUUUUACACAGCUAGGCAGCAGAAACAGCCUCCUUCUCCACAAGGUAGUCCAGAGGAUGACACGCUAGAACAAGUGUCCUUUAUAGACAGCUCUGGUAAAAGCCCUUUAACACCAGAAACACCGAGUUCAGAGGAAGUGAGUUACGAGUUUACAUCUAAAACACCUGACUCACUAAUAGCUUAUAUCCCAGGCAAGCCCAGCCCUAUUCCUGAGGUGUCUGAGGAGUCAGAGGAGGAAGCAGAGGCUAAGACAACAUCUGUGAAACAGGCAGAGGUUGAGGAACCACAGAUUGACAAAACAUUACCUAAUCUCAUAAAUAAGGACUCUAACAAAAGACCCAAAGGUAACAGAGUUGCCUAUAUUGAAUUCCCUCCUCCUCCACCACUGGAUGCAGAUCAAGGUGAAUCAGAAAAGAAGCCUCAUUAUUCCACUGAGAGUGAGAUGGAGAUGACUGAAGUGAACUUGCAAGAUGAACACGACAAGUGCCAGCUGGCUGAACCUGUCAUCAGAGUGCAGCCACCUUCUCCUGUGCCACCGGGAGCAGAUGUCAGUGACUCCAGUGAUGAUGAAUCCCUCUAUCAGCCCGUUCCGCUUAAAAAGUAUACGUUCAAACUGAAAGAGCUGGAAGAUGACCACAAAGAGACCUCAAAACCCAAAGCCCCUGAAAAGAUUGAGAAACAGAAAGAGUUAGGACAUCCCACUUCUGGGAAACCCAAUGAGUUUGACAAUGGGGUUGAUUCACCCCAGAAUGAUGUAGUGCAAAAUGGGAGUAACAAUGACCAGUCUGUCACAGAGUGUUCCAUAGCAACCACUGCAGAAUUCUCCCAUGAUACCGAUGCGACAGAGAUUGACUCUCUGGACGGUUAUGAUUUGCAAGAUGAAGAUGAUGGUUUAACUGAGAGUGAUUCUAAACUUGCAGGUCCGGCAGUUGAAACCAAAAAGGACGUAUGGACUACAGAAGGCAUUCUAAAGCAGACUGAUCGCUGCUUUAGCCAGAGUAAGCUUGAAGUCAUUGAGGAGGAAGGCAAGGUAGGCCCUGAAGAAGACAAGACACCUUCCAAAGGUCCAUCUUCUGACAAAGCUGGAGAUAAGAGCGAUAAGAAGUCAGGGGCACAGUUUUUCUCUUUGGAAGGCAGACACCCUGACAGGACUGUAUUUCCUGACUCGUAUUUCAGUUACAAAGUAGACGAAGAAUUCGCGACACCCUUCAAAACUGUGGCCACCAAGAGUCUAGAUUUUGACCCGUGGUCGAAUAACCGAGGUGACGAUGAAGUGUUUGAGACUAAAUCGAGGGAGGAUGAGGCUAAGCCAUUUGGUCUGGCAGUGGAAGACAGAUCUCAAGCAACAACACCUGACACCACACCAGCCAGAACUCCAACAGAUGAGAGUACGCCAACUAGCGAGCCCAACCCCUUCCCAUUUCAUGAGGGGAAGAUGUUUGAGAUGACUCGCAGUGGUGCAAUUGACAUGAGCAAGAGGGAUUUUGUUGAAGAAAGACUCCAAUUUUUUCAGAUUGGUGAGCAUACUUCUGAAGGGAAGUCAGGGGACAAGGGGGAAGGGGAUAAAAGUACAGUCACUGCCAUCACACAGCCACAGGCAGGGGACAGCACUGUAGAAACAACCCUAGAGAGACCAGUAGAAACAACAGCAGUUGAAAAUAAGCCCGGCAUCCAGGCCAGUGGAGAUUGCAUGGAACAAACACUUGGUAGUAACUCCCUGGAGAAAUCAUCGGCAGCAGUAAACGCUUCCAAAGUUGAUCCCAAAUUGCGCACACCAAUUAAAAUGGGAAUUUCUGCUUCCACCAUGACUCUGAAGAAAGAUGGCCCUGGAGAAGUGACAGAUAAGAUAGAAGCUGUGAUGCCAAGUGGUGAGGGAUUAGAAAAUGAAACUGUAGAAGUGAUUGCGAGUUCAGCUUCUAGCCAGACGAGCUGUAGGCAAACAGAAAACACUGAUUUUCCAAAAGAUAAUUUUAAUAACAACAACAAUUUGGAUUCAUCUGCUGUCCCUACAGAUGAUAUUCCCUGUAAUGUAGUGCUAAAAGAACAUUUGGAACCGAAAUGUUCCCUCCAGAAAGCUAAUCAAGCGAAAAGCACUUCAGGAAAAGGUACAGGGACAACACAAGGACACAGAGUAAGAGAUAAGCAAAAGCCACACGGAGAGCAGCAAAAGUCAACAGAGUUGGUAGGAGCUAGAGGAAAAUCAAAGCUUCCUGUAAAGGCCAGCUCAGUAAAACAAGUCUUUUCCCAAAAUAAUCUCCAAAGCAAUACAGGGAGUAAAGCGAAAGAGGCUAGUAAGCCCGACAAAGCAAAACAAAAUAAUUCUUCUCCCUGUCUAGAAGCAAGGUCUAGGAUUCCUGUAAAAAACACACAUAGGAGUAAUGUAGCUAGAAGAACUCCAGCCCUGCCAAAACAAGAGCAGGUAGAGAAAGAAAAACCAAAACAACUUCCUUCUAAAUUACCAGUAAAGGUAAGAUCUACCUCCGUCACCAUGACAACAGUUAAAGUAAAGAAAAAUCAGCUUAGGGAGGUAUGUAAACAUUCUAUUGAAUAUUUUAAGGGAAUUAGUGGUGAGACAUUAAAGCUUGUGGAUCGUCUUUCUGAUGAAGAGAAAAAGAUGCAGUCAGAGGUCUCUGAUGAUGAAGAAGACAGUACAUCAAGGAACACAUCCUUAUCAGAAGCUACUCAAGUUUACCUGCCUUCCAUUACACCGAAGUCUGCUAGAGACAUGAGAACAGAGGCAGCAUCUAUAAAAUCAAAGAGUGAAAAGGCCGACAGUGAGAGGAGGAGGAGUAAGAGGACUGGUCCACAGAGUCCAUGUGAACGGACAGAUAUAAGGAUGGCAAUUGUAGCUGAUCACCUAGGACUUAGCUGGACAGAACUGGCAAGAGAACUGAAUUUUUCUGUGGAUGAAAUAAAUCAAAUCCGAGUAGAAAACCCGAAUUCUCUUAUUGCUCAAAGCUUCAUGUUAUUAAAAAAAUGGGUUACCAGAGAUGGGAAAAAUGCUACAACUGAUGCCUUAACUUCUGUAUUGACAAAAAUUAAUCGAAUAGAUAUCGUGACCCUGUUGGAAGGACCAAUAUUUGAUUAUGGGAAUAUUUCAGGCACCAGAAGUUUUGCAGAUGAAAAUAACGUAUUUCAUGAUCCCAUUGAUGGUUAUCCCUCCAUCCAAGUGGAACUGGAAACUCCCACUGGGUUGCGCUUCGUGCCGCCCACCCCUUUGCACCAGGACGAUUUCCUUAGCGACACCUCUAGCCUAGAGUCACCCCUUAGAACUCCCAGUAGGCUGAGUGACGUGGUAGUGACCUCCCAGGGACACGUAGAUGGUACAGCAGCAGCCCCGCCAGUGGUGACUGAAGAGGACACGUCACUGGAUGACAGCAGAGUUGAUUUCUCAGUGCCUAGAGAAGGAACACCUAAAGAUAUUUCCCUAGGCGAGAGCCAGUUGGAGGAAGUGGACCUUAAAGAUUUUCCGCGGUAUCUCGGUAGUUAUGGGAUAUCCAAAGAUGCUAAACAAAGGCAGAGUGAAGAGACUAGUAAAAGAGGAGUGAGGACUGAACAGCCCGAGAGAGAAAAGUCUGGUACUGAUGAGGAGAUGACGGCAGAAAAGUUUAAGUCUCUGUUUGAGGACAUUCAUCUGGAAGAAGGAGCUGAGUCUGAGGAGAUGACGGAAGAAAGAGUAUGGUCAAUUCUUAAAGGUGUUCAACAAGCAGAACGCGAAAUGUCUUCAAUUACAGGUUGGCAGCCUGACUCCUCCAGCGUCUCCGAGGCGCCGACGUCGGGGCGCAGGAUAGGCGGCAGCCUGCUGGAUCGCCUGGACGAGAGUUCGGACCAAUGUCGGGAUUCUGUUACCUCAUACGUCAAAGGAGAAGCAGGGAAGCCAGAAACAAAUGGAAGCCUAUCCGAGUCCACAUCAGAGGCAAAAACUAAAUCCUACAUCCAGGAAGCUUUAAAUGAUGUGGGAAAACACAGUGACAAAGAAACCCUGAAAACAAAGUCCCAGAUCUCAACUGGUACUGAUGAGCAGACAUUAUCAUCAGCAGCAUAUCAGAAAUCUUUGGAAGAGACCAGCAAGCCAACAACAGAAGGCAGCAAAACAUCUGUGCCUGUCAGUGUGAAGAAGAUGGGCUGGAGUACUUCUGAGGAUGGCAAGCCAAGAACAAGCAUCCAAGAGGAGGAGGGAGCAGUAAUGUCUGAACAGAAGGGUGAGGAAGCAAAAAACAUUCCUGGUGAAUCUGUAACAGAGGAACAGUUUACCGAUGAAGAAGGCAACGUCAUCACGAGAAAAAUCACCCGGAAGGUGGUGAGACGUGUUGUUAUCCCCCAUGAGAGGAAAGUUGGUGAAAUGCAGGGGGAAGCUUAUAAGGUUAAGACAAAGAAAGAAGUCAGACACGUGGAGAAGAAGAGUUACUCAUGAAAGCUGAAAGCCAACCACUGAACGUGUGCUUUUACUGCCAGUAUUCUAGAGGGACACUCACGGAAGAAAAAUCAACAGGAAUUAAAACAUUCACCUAUAAAAGUGUGCGUGUGUUUGCUGCUUCCCCACAUUAACCGCAUGGUUUUUAUGCAAAAAGAAAAAAAAACAUACAAAAAAAAUCCCAAACAAAAAAAUUAAUUUAGCAUGAGCCAAUUUACAGAGCAUGGAAAUUCACGUUCAUUCACAGGAUUGGAGGGUGCUCAGUUACCAAUGCAGUGUAUAUACAAGAUGCCAUGCUGUUAACAGCUUCUCUCAAGCAGUUUGAUGUCAUCUCAAAAGAAAUAAAUUCCUGUGGCCAGAGAGGAUGUGCGAAGACGAAAUGGUUAAACCAUGGAAAGACACUAAAAAUACUAAAAUCCACAACAGCUCGCCUUAUUUUUCUUGGACCCAAACUGUCAGGGUAUAAAACACUAUUUGUUUCUUUUUUAAACAUCAAUAGUUUUGCUGUAAAUAAAUAACACUGUAUAAAUUCUAACAAAAUAGAAUAAGUGUUGAUAAGGCACUGCCUUUUCGAUCACAAACAGAAUAUUGCAAAUGCAUUGAGCAGGCUAGGUGUCUCAAAUGGCUGCACCUACAGGGAUAUUCUGGGUGUAUCUUCACAGAUUCUUGUAUAUUAGCAAUUAUAAUGUUUGUAUAUGCAAAAUCGCUAGCUUGAUUUUAAAAAAAUCUUUAAAAUCUGCUGCAAAUUUAAAUGAUUCCCAAAAUGAGGAAUUCUGUAGUUCUGUGAAAAUUUUUCUUCAGAGUACUAAUAUUUUGAUGCAUGUGUUUCACCUUAUUUUGAUUAAAUCUUUUCCAGUUUUGCAAACACUAUUCCGCAACAUGAAAAAUAAGAUUUUAUCUGUAAACACAAAGCCCUUCAUCUAAUAUUUGUUGCUGUUGCCAAUUUUUCAAUGAAAUGACCUAAGACCCAUAACAUAUACAGUAGUUGCAUUAUGGGGAGGGGGGUGCUAUCUGUUCUUGCUUUAUAAUGGGGGUAAUGCUUGCAGCUUUAGAAGUGGGUUGGUGCUCUAAGGAGCACAAGUUUGGGAUAUUUUUAAAUGAACUGAAGAGAAAUUAUUAGCUAAUAGACUGGCAGCACGCUGUAAAAUUAUUACUGUAUUGUGUACUGGCUAUAAGAUGUAGAAUCUUUCAGUAAGCCAAUCAUCUGUAAUCAUCCUAGCAGUGUAAUAUUAGGUUGUUAAGGCUGCUGUGUUUUAAAGGGCAUUUUUAUUUGGUUUUUGGUGAAAUACUUUAAUUUGUUGAUUAUAUUCAUAUGGAAACAGCAUUCAUUGAUAAUAGCUCUAAUUACAUAUGUAUGAAAACAACAAACACUGGAUGAUCUAGUUGAUUAUUUAAGCAUAAAAUAAAUUGUGUUAAAACUCU